AUGGGUGGGUUCGGGAUGGAAUUCGAGGAGACCGCGGGCAUCGGGUGCGUCACGGAUUCCGGUCGGUCGCUGCGAAAUAGGUACGAAUCGGCGAAAGUGACGUCGGUCAAGCCUGCCGACUCGGACCACAUACGCACUCGGGAGGGUCUGAAAGGAGGCGAGACGUGGGAGAAGGUGAGUCGUCUGCAACUGACCAGAGGCUGUCCGUAUCUGCGGAACUUGGCUUGCGACCCUUCCGCCUUCCGAAGCCUCGAUGGAAUCUGCAACAACCUGGAACACCCCUUCUGGGGAUCCGCCGGUGUCCCCUUCAAGAGGAUCCUCCCGCCUCGAUACGACGACGGUGUGAGCGAGCCGCGUGGAGGUGGGAUCGGGAACGGGUUGCUGCCUCCUCCGCUGUUGGUGGCGGGUGCGAUCCACACGGGCGAGGCGAGGCGAGACGAGUUCGUCUCCGCCCUCACGCCUUUCUGGGGACAACUCCUGGCCAACGACAUCCAACGCAUCGAGAAGUUCCGAGAGCGUGGAGGGGGUCAGGACUCGGAAUUUCGGACGGUUCGCGAGAUCGUAUCGACUUUUAACCGAAUUCGGGAGACUUCGAUCCGGCUCGCGUUUUCGAGCACGCGAGGACGAAUCCUCGGGAAUUCGCGAGCUUCGCCUUCUCGAGUCGACGAAACGAAGACUCUCCUUCGGACUCGGCUCGCGGGAGACGUUAGGAUUCGGACCCCGCGACGAUGGACUCGGCGACGACCGUCGGUCGCGGUCGCCGGUUUCCCAGUCGUCGUUCCUGGGUUCUGGCAGUUUCGAGCGGAGAAACGUCCGUCUCUCGACCUCGACGACGACUCCACUUGUACUCUUUUCCUCGUGCUUUUCGUUUUCUUUCCGUUCUCGCGACUCGGGAACCGAUACGAUCGGUUCCGUCGGGGAAGGCGAUGCGCCCGAAACCCUCGCCGUCUCGAAUCUCGUGGCUCUUCGAGAACUUCGUCCCUCGGGGGUCGUCGACGAGAGCGUCGCGAUUCUCUCUCGGAGUCGCAUCGCGAACGACGCCGCGACGCGGUACGUCUCCCGAAGAACGGGGCGAGAAGUCCGGAGAAACGCAGACGAGUCCGGAUUGAGCAACUCGUGGCAUGCGAGGGAUCGGAUCCGCGUUUCCCCUCCCACGUCUCGACCCGAUUGCGUGCAUCUCCGCGACCCGUGACGCGAUCCUCCUCGACUCUCUUCGGCCUCGACGGCGAAGGACGCGGCAACGAGGCCGAGGAGAAUCUCUCGAUCUCGGAUCGGCCGAGCGUCACCGUUCUCUUGCGAAUUUCAGACGAGGAGUCGAGUUGCACUCGACCGGGUCCCGAGAGCAUCCCCAUGACGUGGAACGACGAGUCGACGUCCGUGUGCAUCGAUUACCAUCGGUCUCUCAACGCUCCCGGUCCCGUUUGCGCUCUCGGUCCUCGAGAGCAAGCGAACACGGCCACGGCCUUCCUGGACGGCUCCAUCUUGUACGGGUCGUCGGAAGAGGACUCUCUGGCCUUGCGAUCCUUUCGCGGGGGCCGAUUGGUGACGGACCCGAGCACCGGACUGCCGCCGAGGACCGACGCCUUCGCACGUUGCCUCGACAUCGGAGGGUCGGUCUGCCCGAAAUCCUUUUCCCGCGAUUGUCGUUUCUUCGGUUCGUUCCUCUUCGUUUCGGUGUCGGAUGCAUCCGUUUUCCUCUUCGGCGUCUCGGUCGUUUUUCGCCGAGAGGCGAGCCUCGCGAUCGAACGGAAAAGGCGCGGAGAAGCCUCUCGGUUCCGGUGUUUCGCGAGCGGGGACCAGCGAGUGAACGAGAACGCGGGGCAAGCGAGUCUGGCGAUCCUGCUGACGAGAGAGCACGACAGGGUCGCCGGGACGUUGGCGACCUUCAACCCUCACUGGGAGGACGAGAGGAUCUUCCAGGAGACGCGGCGGAUCGUGAUCGCGGAGAUUCAACACGUCACCUACGACGAGUUCCUGAAAACCGUUCUCGACGAGGUUCGGUACGAGAGAGCGGGUUUGGAAAUCGAACCGAGCGGUUACUUCACCGGUUACGACUCUUCGGUGGACCCGGGGAUCGGGAACGGCGUCGCCGCCAGCGUCGUCGGAUUCCUCAGCACCAUGUUUCCUCUGACUCUCGUCGUUCUCAAUCAGACGACGGGCGUCCGUUUGGAGAUCCCCGCGGACAGCGGAAGGUACAAUCCGUCUCUCCUGAGGAAUUCCCUGGACUUGGAUUCUCUUCUCGCCGGCCUCCUCGUCUCCAAGACUUCCUCCGUCGGCCCCAUCUUCGGCAGCCAAGAGGCGAGUCGAUACAUGGGGGCCUAUUCGGUCGAACAAGGACGAGACCACGGGCUUCCAGGGUAUGCAGCAUACAGAGAAUGGUGUGGCCUCGGAAGCACCAGCAACUUCUCCCAUCUCGAAGACGACAUCCCAGAAGACGGGAUCGCGAAGUUGCAGGAAAUAUACGCGUCGGUGGAAGACGUCGACUUGGUGACGGGGGGUCUCUUGGAAAUCCCUCCUCAUGGCAGUCUCCUCGGUCGCACUUUCUCUUGUCUCCUCAGCGAACAGUUCAAGCGCAUCCGGCGGUCCGAUCGCUUCUGGUACGAGAACGACUUUGCGCCGAACAAGUUUUCCAAGGCACAAUUGGCGGAGAUUAAGAAAGUGACGUUGGGAUCCUUGCUGUGCAUGAACUCGGGACUCACGCGAGUCCAACCGCAAGUUUUCCUCGCGCCUGAUCCCUUUUUGAAUGCCCCUGUGUUGUGCGAGACGCUUCAUCGGAUGUCCCUGGAGCCUUGGAGAGAAGUCAGUCCCCCGGAAUUGAUCGUACCUUCUCGCCUCUUGGACAUUUCCGUCCAGAAGGCAAAAGAAGAUCUGAGUAAAAGAUUAGACCAGGAGAAGCUCCUCUUCGAAGAAGAUCGAGUGGCUUCGCCCAAGUCGGCGAUCGGGAAGUCCUACGGUUUCCAUAAUCCGAAUGACGCUGCCCUGGAAGUUGCCAACAUCUCACUCGUCUUGGAAUUCGCCACACAGGAAUUAACCCACCUACUCUUG